GAGACAUCACCGCGCGGGGCAUGACUUCCUGCCCUGGCUCCCACGCCCCAAGGGGCCCCAUGGCGCAGCGGGCGACCCCGUCCCCAUCCCCAUCCCCCUCUGCAGCCCCAGGGCCGUCAGCGGGGGCCCACGGGUGCAGGGUGCAUGCCGGGCGGCUGCUGGAGCUCUUCUGCGACGACUGUGGGUGCUGCGUGUGUGCCCUGUGCCCUGCGCUGGGCCCCCACCGCGGGCACCGCGCCCGUCUCCUGCCCCACGCCGUGCGCGACAAGCAGGAACUCAUGGCAUUGUGUUUGAAGGACCUAGAAGAGAGAAAGAAGCAGGAAAUUGAUAACAGGAGGGUUGUAGAGCAAGCUGCAAUUGAUCUGAAGGCAUGUGCCAUUGCAAGCAAAAGGCAGCUGUCAGACAAGGUGACGGAACUCCAGUUACUGCUUCGGGAAGAGGAGAGUCUGGCAAAAAGCUUCAUUGAUGAAAAGACCGAGCAUGCCCUUGAAGCACAUGAACAGCAGAUGGAGUCUUGUCAAGAAAAGCUUGGAGCCCUCGAGACUUUCUCACAUCGGAUCAGACAAAUACAGGAGCAGAGUGAUCCCAUUCAGUUCCUGCAGGACUGCACUGAAAUUGAAAAGGAAAUGCAGGCGCACAGGAGUGCAGUAGAACAGUGGCAUCCAGUACCUCUCUCAUUUGAGCACAUCAUCAACCAUUAUAAGCGUCUCAGGGCAGCUUUUCAGUCCAUUCUACAGAAACCACUAGAAGUUCGGCUUAAAAAAGAUGUUUUCAGUAGUCUUAAUGCCACUGCCAAGCAGGAGCCUGGAACAGUGUUGAAAACCAUGUCUUCUGUUGAUCGGGUGCUGUUACUGAAACAUGCAAGAUCUCCAACAUGGGAAUAUGACAGCCUUCAUCCGAGGCUGAAGUUGUCUGAUGAUCGUCUUGUAGUAAGCUGUAACUGGAGGAGGAUAUUUUACCCAUUGGGUCCUCAAAGAUUCGAUAAAUUAUGGCAAGUGCUAAGCAGAGAUGCAUUCUUUUCUGGGAGCCAUUACUGGGAAGUUGACCUGCUUCAUGCUGGAGCAGGAUGGUGGAUUGGUGCAGCCUACUCUUCCAUUGGCAGGAAAGGAGACUCUGAAAUCUGUCGACUAGGAUGGAAUAGAGCAUCCUGGUGCAUUAAAAGGUUUGAUAUUGAAUACUGGGCAUUUCACAAUGGGGAGAGGACUCCCAUUGUGACAGAAAAUGAUCCUGAUCGAAUUGGCAUUUUUCUGGAUUAUGAAGCGGGAAUACUUUCAUUCUACAAUGCAACUGAUGGCAUGGCUCAUCUGCACACCUUCCGCUGCAAGUUCACAGAGCCCGUUUACCCAGCCUUGAGGCUCUGGGAAGGGUCCAUUGGAACAUGCAAGCUGACAUAAGGAAUGAAGAUAAAUAAAGCCUGCUGCUUCAUGGUUUUUCUAUGAAAGCUGCUGUAGCAAUGAUCUACACAAACUAAUUUCUAUUACAUGACAGACCUCCCUGUGAUGCUUUUAAAAGGUAACAGGAGUAUGUAUUUCCAGCUUAGCAUCAAUCAACUUCCGAAACAGAAUCUCAGACAGCUAUUAGUGUAAUGCUGUGUCAAUCAAAUCACAUGCUAUAGCAAGUGCAGUUAGAGAAAACCAACUGUAAUUUUUUAAUGUAUAUGUACUUUCAGUAGGGGAAGGUGAUCUGCCAUUUAUAAAUGUCAAUGUAAUAUCAGUGCUAUAAAUCAUAUUUUUUAUAUUCAAUUCUGACUUUCAAAUGGAAAAAAUUUGGUAGGCACGUGAAAGCCUAUGACAACUCAGAUUUAAACUGUGAAAUAGCUAUCCUUUUUAUUAAUUCUCUCUUUUGUGUCUGGAUGGAGAGACUUCAUCACGUUUGGCUCAAGAUUCAAGUUCGUAUAUUGCAUAAUGUUAGCUUUGACAAGGUCAGAGUUUGAUGAUAGAUAUUUUAAAUGAAGCAGUUCAUAGUGAACUGCUUUAUCUGGCAAAAUCAAAGAGAGGCAUUAACUGUUGGAGAGGUCCCUCUAACCAGACCUGAGGUAGGAGCUUUUGUAGCCACACUAACUAAACAACCAUUAGCUGGUCUUAUUUGUGACACAGAGACUGGAUUGGGCUUCUUGAUGGCCUUACUCUUCCUCCACUGAGUGAAGGUGAGAAAAACAGUUGUGUACCACCACCCUACUGAAAGUGCAAGGCCUGGAGGAUUGUCAUCACACAUGCAAUACAGACACUAGAUCAGCGGGGCAGUUGUUCUUUAAGUGAUUAUUUUUGUUUGCUAUUUCCAAAGACUCUGACUGUUGCUGGGUAAAGGUAUACGCACAGAAAACUAGCAGAAACAGCUUGCAAGGACUGCUCUUCAUCUGAUGCUUCUGUGUCUUAGCACUGCUGCAUAAAGAUGCUACUCUUUUUUUCCAAUAUAUACUAAAGUUCAGGAAAUUUCUGGAGCCUACAUUUACAGCAGUCUCUAGGACCAGCCCUACUACACUGAACAACCACUGCCACUUAAAGCAGGCCACGAAAUCCUACGGGAUUCAAAGACCAAAAGCCCCCAGAUCAUCUCUACUUCUGGUAAAGGCAAGGCCACACCACUAACUGAAAUGUAAAAACAACAGCUUCUUUUAUAAGCUUCCUUUAUUUUCAUAAGUUUGCAAUAAAAAAAAAAAAAACUCUUAAUCAGCUGAGUAGUUUCUUAAUAUAAGGCAAGUAUAUUGCAUCAAUCAAAGCUUACAGACUGUCACAAGCACAAAAUUCACUUAAAGAAUUUCUUCUUCCCACAUCAAAGGUAGGACUAGUUUCCUCAGAAUUGCAGAAGGGUAAAUAUUUUGAAAGAAACAGUAAGUAGCCCACAAUUUAAAAACACCACUGCCAUGUUCAAGAUACUAAGUCAUGACCAAGAGGCAGCAAGUUCCAAAUAACCAUCACCAGUAAAAUGAUUCUGACACAGACAAAUGGAGAUUCAUUACAGCAAAGUCGUUCUGUGUUAACCAGCCUGAGGGAUGCACAGUUUGCAGCUGCUGCCAUCUGGAUCCCUCAUGGACAACAAGAAGAGCAGCAGGCUGAUGAGGAGUGGGACUGUAUUUCCUACUUGAAAGGCAAGAACCUGUGAUGCAAAAGCAGAGGACACAGAGGACCACAGAUCACCACACACAAUGAUGAAGUGUAAUGAUGACAUCUAGUUGAGUAGCCAGCCUCGGCUGUUUCAAAGAGCAGUGCUAAAAAAAAAACCAAAAAAACCCACACAACCAACUCAGUGUUUUCACUUGAUGGUCCAGAAAGGAUGCUGCUAAAUCCUGAUCAGAAUUUAUCUUCCUAUCUGAAAUCUGCUAACUUCAGUAAACAAGCUGGCAAUACAAAUACAGGUGCCCUAAGCUACUGCAGAAUUCAUUAAGGUUCCAGGCUUCAGUCAGCUCGCAGUGGGUACCAUGGGCUUUUUUUUUUU